CCCCCGCUCCAGCCCCAUCAGCACCACCCGGAGAAAGACAGCAGGGAGAGGGGCUGCUGCACCACCCUCCUCCCGCACAAACCCGCCCCGGCCAUCGGCAAAGGCGCCCUGAGCAGGAGACCAGAGAAUGAAAAUGUUUUACACCAGUUCUGCUGCCCAGCAGCUGAUGCAGAGCAGAAGCCUUCAUCUCUGGACUCCUCACCAAGUGACGAUUCCUGUGGUUCCACCAGCAAGAAACCCGGGUGUGAAACGGAGGAUCCGAAGGAGGCCGGCAGACACAGUGGCCAGGAAGGCAGGUCCGACACCCUGAUGCUAAAAGCCCAGCAUGCAGAGCGGCAGGAGGAGCAGGCAGCGGGGUGCUCCCCUCUGGUGCAGAAGCCCAGCCUCCACCACACGGGUUCCCCAGUGAGAGUGCAGCGCAGCAAAGGGACGGCCACGUGUUCCCAUGCAGCUGCCUCCGAUUAUGAGCUCUCUCUUGACUUAAAGAAUAAACAGAUCGAAAUGCUAGAGCACAAAUACGGAGGGCACCUGGUCUCUCGCAGGGCAGCCUGCACCAUCCAGACUGCCUUCCGCCAGUACCAACUCAGCAAAAACUUUGAGAAGAUCCGGAACUCCCUGCUGGAGAGCCGCAUGCCCCGCCGAAUCUCAUUAAGAAAAGUCCGGGUCCAGAACUCUGAAAACUUCUCUGCUGAUAAAGCCCUGAUGGAAGGGUAUAACUUUGUGGGCAUCCCCUUGGUGAGGUCCCCAUCUUUGCCAGUCACCAUCAGCGGGGCCCUGACUGAAUUGGAGGACUCUUUCACGGAACAGGUUCAGUCCCUGGCCAAGUCUAUUGAUGAUGCCCUCAGUACAUGGAGCCUGAAGACCAUGUGUUCCCUUCAAGAUGGCAGCUCGUACCAGAUCAGAGAAACCUUCAGUGCCAGCUCAAUGCAGCCGAACCAGGACUUGGAAGCUGAACUGAGGGAGCAAGAGAAGGAGGAGGGACUGCUGCCAGAUACUUUGCCCAAGAGCAGCAGCACCCUCAUGAUGGCCUUCCGGGAUGUCACAGUCCAGAUUGACAACAAGAAUAUCUCAGUCUCAUCUUCUACCUCGGUGUCCAUGGCGAACUGUCUUGGCAGCAGUGCCCAGGCUGGGCUCUCUCAAGCUGCCAGAAUUGAAGAAAGCCCAGGGGAUGGGGAAAAGGAAGACAAAAAGGCCCAGGCUGCCCUGGAAGGGCUGCCGGACUCCAGGGUCCUCCAGAACAGUCAUACCUUCACCGAGGUGAACGUUAACACCAAUGGUUUGGGGGGAGGGGUGAUGGAGCAAGGACAAAUGGUGGUGCAGAAACUCCAGUUUGACUCAAACAAUGAGACUGGGCAGGGCAAGGGCUCUGAGUCUGAAAAUGCAGACAACUCAGAGCAGCUGAGCAGCAGCAGCACCUCCACGUCAGCCAAGUCGGCAUCUGAGGUAUCUUCUAAGGAAGCGCUGCAGGCCAUGAUUCUGAGCCUCCCACGGUACCACUGUGAGAAUCCAGCCAGCUGCAAAUCUCCCACGCUUUCCACAGACACCAUGAGGAAGCGGCUGUACCGCAUUGGGCUGAACCUCUUUAACAUAAAUCCAGACAAAGGGAUCCAGUUCCUGAUCUCUCGGGGCUUCAUCCCGGACACGCCCAUUGGGGUGGCACAUUUCCUGCUCCAGCGCAAGGGCCUCAGCCGCCAGAUGAUCGGGGAGUUCCUGGGCAACAGCAAGAAACAGUUCAACAGGGACGUCCUGGACUGUGUGGUGGACGAGAUGGACUUCUCGGGCAUGGAGCUGGAUGAAGCUUUGCGGAAAUUCCAGGCCCACAUCCGUGUGCAGGGAGAGGCUCAGAAGGUGGAACGGCUAAUUGAGGCCUUCAGCCAGCGGUACUGUAUGUGUAACCCGGACGUGGUCCAGCAGUUCCAUAACCCGGACACCAUUUUCAUCCUGGCCUUCGCGAUCAUCCUCCUCAACACGGACAUGUACAGCCCCAACAUCAAACCCGACAGGAAGAUGAUGCUGGAGGACUUCAUCCGGAACCUGAGAGGGGUGGACGACGGCGCUGACAUUCCCCGGGAGCUGGUAGUGGGGAUCUAUGAGAGGAUCCAACAGAAAGAGCUCAAAUCCAAUGAGGAUCAUGUAACCUAUGUCACUAAGGUGGAGAAAUCCAUCGUAGGCAUGAAAACAGUUCUGUCUGUGCCACAUCGACGGCUGGUCUGCUGCAGCCGCCUUUACGAGGUGACGGAUGUGAAUAAAAUGCAGAAGCAGGCUGCUCAUCAGAGGGAAGUGUUCCUCUUCAAUGACCUGCUGGUGAUCCUCAAGCUUUGCCCCAAGAAGAAAAGCUCCUCAACCUACACAUUUUGCAAGUCAGUUGGCCUGUUGGGGAUGCAGUUCCAUCUUUUUGAGAAUGAAUAUUACCCCCAUGGCAUCACCCUGGUGACUCCACUUUCGGGCUCAGACAAGAAACAGGUACUACACUUCUGUGCUCUGGGUUCAGAGGAAAUGCAGAAAUUUGUGGAAGAUCUAAAAGAGUCAAUAGCAGAGGUGAUGGAGCUAGAACAGAUACGAAUUGAAUGGGAGCUGGAGAAGCAGCAGGGGGCAAAGACUCUUACGUUAAAGACCAACGGGGCUCAGAUGGAACCACAGUCCAAGCAAGCAUCUCCGACAGGCAAGAAGGAGUUGGGGGAGAAGGUCUCAGAUAGCACAGUGGAGGUUUUAAUCAAUGCCUCCCCAGCCAGACUGACAAUUUUACCAAUUUCCAGAGAUACAAUUAAAAGUUACUGCUAGGACGGGUAAUACAACUUUCAAAUCCAAACUAAACUUCAAAGCAUUUUCAAUCCGUCUUUAUAACUGCAACAUCCCUCAUGGACCGAGCUCCCAAAUGCCAUAGACUAACCCGCGCUGCUACUUAAGGGAAGACUGAGAACCCAGCUAAAAACUUGCCUGGACAGGCCACUGACAUUGCUAACGCCAUGCAGCCACCAGUGCGAACUCACCUGCAGUAACCUUCCCUGCAAACCUUGCCCCAGAGAGUUACCUUCCUAUGCAGGGAGCUCCACUGUCCGGUUUGCACACAUUUCUGCAGGGACUGCCAAUUCCUAGCAGAUAUGCUUUCUUACGCAGAGACCCCCAUUGCCUUCCAGCUGCCCAUUUUCCCAGCAUAGCUGUAUCACCAAGGAGAUCUUUCCUAAGUGUCUUAGCUGCCCUCAACUUGGCCUUUCUCAGGGCAGUUCUAUCCCCCGGCAGAUGCCUCUUGCCAUAGUGCACUCCAUCCCUCUGCAGCUCUCAGUCCCCUUUGAGGGAAGAGGAAGCUGCAUUUCCCUGCAGACAACCAUUUCCUGAGGUAGGUGCUUUCAGUCCUCAGCUUCCAGUUUCUGCUGGGACUGAUGUUUCCCUACAGCUCAUUGCCUCAGUGAGUUGGGGUGCUGCUAGCACUUCAGGCCCUGCAGCCACUCUUUCCUAGGGGAGGCUCCAUCACCUCAAAGAUACCCAUUCCUGAGGGAAGCUCAGUUACCCUGCAGCUUCCCAUGAGAGCUCCAUUCCUCAUAGACACCGGUUCCUAGUGGGUCGUGCCAUCUGCCAGCAGACGUACAUUCUGCCACCGUCCUCCACACACCUACUCUUGUGGGGAAGCACCAGCAACCUGCAGACACUUUUUCCCAUGUCAGAAUUCUGUCCCCACCCAAAGUGACCCAGUUCUGGAGGCAGCUUCACUUCCUUACAGCCAAUCAGUGCCCCGGGGAAGCCCAGCAGCCACCCAUCCCCCCAUGGGGAGCGCCGCUACCUGCAGCCAUCCAUUGGCGGGGGGAACUGUACUAUCACCCAGUCCCCAUGAGGGAGUCUUGUUUCCUCCCUGCUGCCAGCCAACCCCCUGUUCCCUCCCCCGCGGGGAUCUCCAUCACCUGGCAGACACCCAUGGGCAGGGAGAGCUCUGCCAUCAGCCAGUCCUCCCAGGACAGCCCCACUUGCUUCAUUGCCCUGCAGCCACCCACUUCUGGGAGCCGGCCUGUUGCCCUGCUGACCCCUGUGCCCUGGGGGAGUUCCAUUACAUUUGAGCUCCCGUCCCAUUUUCACUCUGGAAUCAGUGGGUGCCCAUACAUGGGGGACUCUCUUCAGGUCCAUGGAGACCCCUAAAGCUUCUCUUCCUUUCCCCUCUUCCUUCUGAUCGCCCAGUAAUUCACAUCAGCAGAAGAGCAUCUCCAUUUUCUCUGAGAUUAUCUAAUCUGCUGCCAUUUCACCAUGCCUUUCUUUUAUCAUUGUAUUAGCUAGAUGGGUAAUUUCUUUUAACUCAUUUCCUUUCACUUACAAACCAUCAAACGGAUCAGCGGGAGCCGCAGUUUGCUGGAAUAUGUCAGAUUUCUGCUUUUUUCUCUUUGUAAACAGCUUAGCAAAUCAUGUUGUGCACCUUCCUGCUCAGGGAGAUGGGGCGCUGGGACAGGCACGAGUCUCGCGCUGAGCCUCAGCCAAUGUCAUUUUGCAGAACUGUACAACCUUGAUUAUCUGAAACCCUGCUCACCAACCUGCCUGCCCUGCUUCCUGGAGCCAGGGCACAGCCCCCGAGGUCAAUUCAAUACAAUGAGAAUUCUCAGAGGCUCCCACUAUCAGAACUCAUUCACACGCUCCAGGAGGUUUGGAUAAUCAACGUUUGCAUUGCAUUUGGAAAGGCUGACCCUGCCUUUCAUGUGAUGGCAACAAGAGGGCACCUUAGUUCUAGCUGGGGCAUGGGAGGGGAGAUAGCUAUUGGCCGGGGAGAGGGAGCUAUGGCUGGGGAUCAUGCUUUGGGUGGGUUAUGGUUGAUGCAAAUGAGAGAUUGUGGGGCUCAGGGCAGCCAGUAGUAGCAGAUGGGAAAAUGUCUUGUAACAUUUAAUGCUUCUUUGACUGUUUC